AUGGCUACGUUCGCUAUCCCAGCCGACAUGGAAAAUUUUGUCGUUGGACUGAUAGGCAUGGGUGACAUGGGCAGGAUGUACGCCGAGAAGCUAUCUGCCGCUGGCUGGAGGAUCCUGGCCUGCGACAGGGAAGAUAGCUACGAUAGUCUCAAGGAAAAGUACACCGGAAGAAAAAACAUUGAAAUCUGUCGCAACGGCCAUCUCGUAUCCCGAGCCAGCGAUUAUAUCAUCUACAGCGUCGAGGCGGCUGUGAUCGACCGUGUGAUUGGCCAGUACGGCCCUUCCACCAAGAUGGGAGCCAUCGUCGGCGGCCAGACAUCGUGCAAAUCGCCCGAGAUCGCAGCCUUCGAGGCUCACCUCCCCGCCGACGUGUCCAUCGUCUCCUGCCACUCCCUCCACGGCCCCGGGGUGGAUCCCCACAACCAGCCGCUGGUGCUCAUCCAGCACCGUGCUUCCGACUCGACGCUGCGCCAGGUCGAGACGGUGCUGAGUUGUCUGCGGUCCAAAUUUGUCUACCUCACGGCCCGAGAACACGAUCGGAUCACGGCCGACACACAGGCGGUGACGCACGCAGCCUUUCUGUCGAUGGGCAAGGCAUGGCACGCGAACCGGCAGUUCCCCUGGGAGCUGAGCCGGUACGUGGGAGGCAUGGAGAAUGUCAAGGUCAACAUAAUGCUCCGCAUCUACAGCCAGAAGUGGCACGUCUACGCCGGGCUCGCCAUCCUCAACCCGGAGGCUCGAGAGCAGGUCGCGCAGUACGCGAAGAGCGUGACGGACCUGUACAAGCUCAUGCUCGAGGGAAACCUCGACGGGCUCCGGAAGCGCGUCUACCACGCUCGCGACAAGGUGUUCGGUCCGUCGACGACGUGGGAAAAACGACCGCUCAUCGAAUCGUCGAUGCUGUCCUACUUCUCCCUCGGCACGCCGUCGGACGCGCCGGCGCGACCGAACAACCACCUCUCGCUCGUCGCCAUGGUUGACUGCUGGGCAGCACUCGACAUCGUGCCCUACGACCACAUGUUGUGCAGCACUCCGCUCUUCCGGCUGCGGCUGGGCGUGACGGAGCACCUGUUUCGAAACACCUCCUUGCUGGACUCGGCGCUGCGUACGGCGGUCGAGGACAAGACGUAUCGCAGCGACGACCUCGAGUUCACCUUUGCAGCCCGCGGAUGGGCCGAGUGCGUGACCCUCGGUCACUUCGAGACGUGGGAGAAGCGCUUCGUUAGUACGCAGCAAUUUUUCGAGCCGCGCUUCGCCGACGCGAAGGUGGUAGGUGAUCAGAUGAUGAAGAUGGUGCUUGAGGGCCAGAAGCCUGCCAUGGAUGAGUGA